UCAGUGUGGAUUCAGUGGCGAACGGCAAUCAACAGAACAACCCAUCUCCCGAAAAAAAAAAACGUUUUCUCUUAAUACAACAGAAUAAUAAAAUUCGAGAAUAGGUUUUUUUCUACAUGAAGAUAUCGGGGCUAUUGUGCUGUAUCUAUUAAAUGAGUUUCUCAAUAUAAAAUGUUACAAAUAUGCCAGAAAAAUACGACCCGAACGCGCUAUGGGUUGCGCUCAGUCAAUACGGGAAUGGGAAUAUUUUUCAAGUUUAUUCAAAACUAUUGGCGCAACUUCUGCUGCAAGAAGAAGCGGCCAGACAAGACGGAGACACGAGUGAGGCGGAGAGGCUCAUACUUCCCAGUGACAAGGAAUGGAGGCUUCAGCAAUACUUCAGUCUUGUAGCGUUACAAAAAAACUUAGAAAUUAAUGAUGACUCUGAACAACAACAAAAACCGGUAGAAGAACCACCGGAGGAGUGGGCACCGUGGAGCUUCGUGGUGCCUGCGAAGAAUCCUCAUGCACCACCACCGGUUUCCGUUAAAACUACCGGCCCAGUUUGGGACAUCGGACAGGUCUUAAAAGCGGCUCGUCUUCUCUGCAAGCCACCACAGCAAGUCGAUUUCGAGGACGAACAAGAAAUGCGUUUCGUUUAUUCUGUUAUUUAUGACGUUUUCCGAUAUAAAUGUGUCUUGGACCAGGCCAUGGACGAUAUUGAGUUCCUGGCUGACUACCCACAGUACACCGGCAACCGUCACAUAGUUUGGCUAUUCCUGAUGGAGUUAGCGAGACGUCGCUGGGAGGCCAGACCAAGGGCAGAGCAAGAACGCGCUACACAACUAUUGGAAGGCGCUGGACAACCAUUUAAGGAAAUGGAGAACGUUGUCUGGGAACAAAGAGUACACUUCGCAGCUGCCAUCGCUAGGAUUCGUAUAAAAAAUAAGGCUCUCUCGUUGUCGGACCUAUUGCCGCCACAUUUGCGUGAGGAACGCAUAUCAGCGUGUGUCAAUAAGGACAUAAUCACGGGUUGGGUUAACACUUUUAAAGCCAAAAAAAUUGCAUUGCUGGUUAAAAAAUUACACGAACUAGGAUACUCUUACAGCAGCUCACGACAGCUUUGCGCCGGCGAAUACAGAUUUGAUAGAGUUUGUCCGAGAUUCAUAACGCUACGACCUCCGGCCAGUAUCAGCAUUGGGAAAUUGGAUUUAGUACAAGAAGGAAUUAUUGUUCUUCAGGAACGCGAGUUUUGCGAGGGAGCUUCUACGCUUUGUCGAGCCCUUCGCGCGAACUCUCUUCAAGGAGUGGUGGCCCAGACCCACGCGUCGUCCCCCCGUUGCUCAGCGUACCUCGCGGCUCAGCUGAAGGAACUGGCCGCAGUGCUGAAGGCCCAGACUCCUCCUGCACCAGCUAUACCGGAACUCGGUCGACUGGUUGUGUUCGGAGCAGGAGAUAAAGCCGAAAGUUAUGUUUUAGCUCUUCGGGAGCUCGGCAUAGAGGCCUCAGAGGCGCCUCACUCGGGAGCGCCAGUAUGCGUCCUUAGCGAACCUGUACAUUGCGACACUCCGACUGUGACCAACGCGUUAGACGGAGUGGUAGCAGCCUUGGCAACUCCACCCAACUCUUACUCCGCAGUCACGGAUCCCAUUGAUCUUGUGUGCGGUCGUGGAGGAGAUUUGGCAAUGCUAGAGGUUUUAACCGAAUCGGAGAUUGACAGUAAAGGUAAAGCUAGAGUGCAAUCAAUUCUCGAGGAACAAAAGAAAACAUUGAAGACCUUAAUGUCUAAGCCUCAAAUCCAGUUGAUAUUGUACGAAACACAUUCUGCAUUAGAAGCCGAAAAUCAAGCGCAAGUGACAAGAGCCGUCGCAGAAGCGAACAGAUUGGCUCGGGAACGACACGCGUUGCUGAAAAGGAAACAUCGCCAAUCCAGUCCAUUAAAGCACGGAAUAGAAAACAUUGAGUCCUUAACAACAUUAGACAACACAAUCUCUGAGGGAGACAGAGAUGACCAAACGGAUGAUGAAUUUGAUUCAAUUUCACCAAAGCGACGCACGUCUGGACCGUCGCCGCCAAGACGGAGAUCUCAGACCGACGAUACAGUGUUAAGAAAACAAGCGGAUUCAUCUCGUCCCGGAUCAAGGCCUGGGACUAACAAAGCCCGACCUAUACCUGCAGUACCCGAUGACGCCGUCCCCGGAGAUCCCGACAAGGAUAAUCCGGAUAUUUUUGUACCGAAUUGCGAUUUGUUCGAAAUCGCGACGUUGCCUAAUUUAGGGAAUGGUUUAGAUAUUAACUACAUACUGGAUCGAGACGGUUGUUAUCUCGGCCUCAUCCAAAGGAAGGAGAUAACCCGUUUGGACGCAAAGUAUAUGAUCCGUAUGGCGGAGGAGCGUGGGCUUUUCGGCGCGAGCGCGGCCGCCGCGUCCCCCCCGCGGCGGAGGCGCGCCGACACCGCGCCCUCGCGACACAAGCGGGCCCGCAGGAGAACCAGCUUUGAGGUAGAACGUAUAGCCGCUCCGACGUACGCGUCGCUGUGCCGAUCGUCGCGUCGCGGCAGCGCGCCUGCCUGUCUACAAGACGCGCCCCCCGAGCAACAGUUGCUCGAGUGUCAGCGGCACGCGCGGCGACAGGCGGCCGCGGCGGCAAUUACUGCCGCGGCCUGUAACUGUGACGCCAGGCACAGAACGCCAUACCGUCGGGCAUCAGCUGAUGUGACGGUCACAGCGCGACCCGCCUCGCCCCCGUGCCGACGACCCUUCCCACUGGUAGUACACGAUCUUAGACUCAAGUCUAUACCUAUGACUACCCACAAAAUAUUCGCUUGAUAUUAUAGGACUUAGAUCGGAAAUGCUAAGCUUUUAGUUAAAAACGAAAAUAAAUCUAUUGAUAAAUA